AUGUCUGCCAGGCAUCAAAUGCAAAGCCAGAACUUCGAACGAAAAAGUCUCGCUCAACACCUAGUGGGCAGCAAAGGAAAUCCAACGCUUCAGCGAAGCACACCGGUACCCUCCUUAGAUAGUAAUAUGAGGACAGGCUCGAAGUUACUAGGCACUAUCAAACGUGAGAGGCUUGGGACAGAAUCGCUCCCUUCACCCCGACUGGAACAAGCAAGUCAUUUUCGCAAAGCGCAGUGUGCCCAGACUCCUGAAACCGAGUUGAGUCAGUCUGACAGAGACGAUGAGGAACAGAGCUUGAGCCAGGAAACCGGUUUCGAUGUGGACAAAGGGGUCGCUGGUAGCAAUCAGCACUCCCAUUAUCACCGCCAAGCGGUGUUGGAGCGUCUUGCCGCACGUCGCAAUAAGAAAAGAUUCAGGCUUACCCAUCAAGAAACAAAAUUCAUGAUGAGCGAGUUUGCGAAACAGCCGUAUCCUAGUGCAGCUCGUAGAGAGUGGCUGUCUCUUGAAAUUCCUGGUAUAAGCCCACGACAGAUCCAGGGAACUUAUCAAGUGAAAAGACGAGCCAAAAUCAAGAGACAUACAGCAGAUCGCGACAGAAUGCGGAUAGCGGGCAUUUUCAGACAAUUUGACAGCGUACAAGGCUUGCAUGCCCAAUAUGGUGCCGUUGGUGGUAGUACAGAGUCUAUGACACCCUCGAGCCUGGUACAAAUUGCCAAGUCGUACAAAAUUGAAGCGGCAAGGCCUUAA